AAGCUCUCUCAUCAAACGUCCUACCAGCCCGCCGACACUACCUGUGCGCGGCAAUUCUGGUUGGAGGUAAUGGUGUGAGAAAUGAGAAUUCCUUGCAUGGGAACAGGGCUCUGUGAGUUCCGGUUUUCCACCCUUUCAUCCUCCUUGACAUCGAGUCUUGUGCUGUAAAGCAACAUCAACUACCGAAUCAUCUUACCAAAAUGGCCGCGGAUCCUCAGCUCGAGACGGCAGUCUCAGCUAACCCCGAGAACCUACCUACAACAGAAGCAGAUCUCCCCGACGCGUCUCAACCGACCAUCCAGACGCGCGACGAUGGCUCCGCGCCAGCUUCUACUAUCGCAGAAGGAAAAGCAGAACCUUCAUACAAACUCAAAUUCUGCACUGUCUGUGCAUCAAACAACAAUCGAUCCAUGGAGGCACACUACCAACUUUCGUCUGGUUCGUAUCCAGUCAUCUCGUUCGGCACGGGAUCAUUAGUGCGUUUACCGGGUCCUUCGAUCACGCAACCUAAUGUAUUCAACUUUGACUCUACAUCGUAUAAUCAUAUGUAUGAGGAUCUUUAUAAUAAGGAUCAGCGACUGUAUCGCAAUAAUGGGAUUCUCAACAUGCUUGACCGAAACCGGAAUCUUAAAUGGGGUCCGGAGCGAUUCCAGAAUUGGGUACCGGGCCAACCACGUCUCGACCAUAUUGCCAAGGGCGACAAGGGUAGUCUGGGCACUGAGGCGGGCGUCGUUGAUGUUAUAAUCACCUGUGAAGAGAGAUGCUGGGACGCGGUUGUCGAUGAUCUACUCAAUAGAGGAUCACCCUUGAAUCGCCCCGUUCAUGUGUUUAAUGUUGAUAUUCGUGAUAAUCAUGAAGAAGCCUUAUUGGGAGGGAAAGCUAUACGUGAUUUGGCUGAUAGGUUGAAUGCCGCGGCUAAUGAGGAGCGUCGGUUGUAUGAUGAUCCUCAUGCUUGGGAUAGGGGUCCUAGUGAAGCGAGACACAGCUUUGAUGAGAGAGUGCCGGAGAUUCUUGCUGCGUGGCAGGAACAGUAUCCUCAUUUGCCUGCGUUGUGGACUUUAUCGUGGUUUUGAUAACCCAUAGAUAUUCUAUCGAUUCUACUUGGUCACAUGAAUCAAUGUUCCAUAAGCCUAGCUCUAAUAUUGUA